AUGUCAACCCAGACCUCUUCAUCGGCGUUGCCACAACGGCCGGUACCCAAGUUCUCUGAGGGCUCGGACGAGGCGGGCCUGACCCAGAAGCUGCAGGGCCUGCUAGCAUCAGCAGACAGCGAGUCCAGUGCAGUACGAGGACGUUGGAAUUUGAUCCCGAGCGGCGAGGGUCUGGAACGGAGCUUCAAGUUCAAGACGUUUGCCAAGACGUGGGACUUUAUGACGGCAGUAGCACUACAAUGCAAACUCAAGAACCACCACCCGGAGUGGUCGAAUGUCUACAACACAACCUUCAUCCGCUGGAAGACGCACAGCCCGCAGGGCCUCUCGGCGCUCGACGUCGAGCUGGCGGCCAUCUGUGACAGCCUGGCUCGUGACUUUGGCGAGGUCGUCGACAAGGAUGCUUCCAGCGAGCAGAGCUGCAGUCUGGGCAGCGGGCUGGCUGAUGCUGCAGCGUCUAAUGCUGGCGACUGCUGCAUACCGAAGCCGAAGCCGAAGCCGAAGCCGAAGCCAAAGGCCUAG